ACCUGGUGGUGUUAAUGACACCAAAGGUGCCAAUAUAAGUUGUUUAUUUUAUAAGUUCCUUUAUCGAUUGCUCGCAGAAUGUAAUCAUGUUCUCCUAUUAUAGCUUGGAUGCGAUGCGCCACUUUCGGCACUUGACAAUCAACUAUCUGAUACUCCUAUUAAUCAGCAAAGUUUCUGACACUGUAAUCUGAAUAUUUGUUACUGUUAUGGCAUCAGAACGUGCAAUUCGCUGACUAGAAUCAGGAUGGAUAUGUUGUGUGUGAAGCUCUGGUUGGCCAUUUGAUAUCUUUGACAAACUUUAUUCGUUUCCGAAAAUUUGGCAGCCGCCCAUGUUGCCUUUCCGAAGAUGCUUAUGCUGUUGGUUCGUUUUGUGAAAAAAAAUCAGAAUCAGAAUGUCAUCAUUCUCCCUGAAACUAGUAGAAAAGAGCAUAGCAGCAGCAGCAGCAGCCAUCGAUCACGAUCACUGCACUGCAAGCCUUCAACCUGGAGCAAGUGAGCCAUGCCAUAUUGGCAUACGAUACGCGAGCAAGUGCCCUCCUUUUUAUAGCCAACAGCAAGAGCAAGGCAGAUAUUAGAUAGAAUGAAAGUUGGGGAAUCAAUCAGCGGCAGCUUAAUCCUCUCGUCAUCUCCAUCAAUCCAUCGUCAUUAAUCAGAGAAUUUGCUUCUUGUGUUACUAAUAAUCUUUGAGGGGAGGCAAUUAAUGGACCACCUGACAAAGGAGCAGAUCGCCGAGUUCCGGGAGGCAUUCAACCUGUUCGACAAAGAUGGAGACGGGACGAUCACGAGCAAGGAGCUUGGGACGGUGAUGGGGUCGCUGGGGCAGUCGCCGACGGAGGCGGAGCUGAAGAAGAUGGUGGAGGAGGUGGACGCGGACGGCAGCGGCAGCAUCGAGUUCGAGGAGUUCCUGGGCCUCCUCGCCCGCAAGCUUCGCGACACCGGCGCCGAGGACGACAUCCGCGACGCCUUCCGCGUCUUCGACAAGGACCAGAACGGCUUCAUCACCCCCGACGAGCUCCGCCACGUCAUGGCCAACCUCAGCGACCCCCUCUCCGACGACGAGCUCGCCGACAUGCUCCACGAGGCCGACUCCGACGGCGACGGCCAGAUCAACUACAACGAGUUCCUCAAGGUCAUGAUGGCAAAGCGAAGGCAGAAUAUGAUGGAGGGACAUGGAAGUGGAGGCCAUCGGUCAAGUAACUCCCACAAGAAAUCCGGCUGCUGCGGCCCGAAUUCCUCAUGUACCAUCCUCUGAAAAAGAUGUAGGUUUCAGGUUUGCAACUGUUCUGAUGAGGAUUGUAUAGUUCAGAGUUUUUUUUUUGUCACCUCAAUUUCUGGUUACACUUGUUCUGGGGCUAUGCAAACAAGAAAAUCAAACAACUACACAGUGUAAAUGAAAAUGAAUAAUGCUGGCCAAUUAAUAUACUUGUUCCUCACAAGAUUCUGAUUUACAUACAAAACUUGACACACAAAACCCAUUGAGUGAUCAGCUUCACUUGAGCUAUCACAAGGGUUCUCUGACAAAUAAGAGCAGCAUUUACAACACUAGUGGAGACCAAACAUAGUUUACAGGGCCACUCACAUCUAAUUACAGAUGCAAUGAACAUGCUUUCUGCUUUUCCAGCCUCUAGAAAUGGGAAUGCUGAUUCAAAAGAAUGGGAUGCUAAAAUAGUUCACCCAUUCCUCCUCUCCCAAGUUACUCUAGGAAAGUUGAUUUUGAAGAUCAUCUGAUUUCCAAACAACAUCCUUUAAGGUUCUGGAGAGGUUCUUGUAGAACU